UGGAAGCUUGUUCCAAUAAAUAAGACGGACCAGCAAAGGCAAAUGCUCGAUCAACAAAAGUCUUGCAGCUCGUUCGAGGCACCUCUGACGAAGCAACGUUGUUGGACCGCACAGAGCUUGUGGACUCGGGUGCCGAAGUCUACGGUUCGGACGACCAGACAAUGGAUUCGCCCUUCAAGGUCAUUUGCUGUGUAAUUUAACACUCAAAAUGGGAAAUGACUGUAGAUACGAGUGCCUGAUGGAAAGAGCCUGUGUAUCUGUGAACAUCGGGCCACCCGACAAGAAUGGACUCAGAGUCUGUCAAUUGAGUGAUUCUGACCAUAUCCAACAUCCCAAAGAUCGUAUGCCACAAGAAGGAUUCCUUUACUGGGCUACCCAGAAUCCAUGUUCCAGCAACCCGUGUGGCCACGGUGCAACUUGCCUGAAUGGAUUCACAGACAAGAGAUAUAUUUGCCUGUGUCCACCUAAAGCAGUAGGAGAAAACUGCGAAAAAACAUUCAAUGCGAUCUUCUCAAAUCUCGGUGCCACCGGAAGACAUGGUCCAACAACCUUGGGCGGUCACUACACAGGUCAAAAUCAAGACGGACAGGUUACACUGUCCAACGGUAUUCAAUUCUGGACUGUGCCGUAUACGGGUGACUACAGGAUAGUAGCAAUAGGAGCAGCAGGGGGGUACGAUUCGUACCCUAACAGCACUCAGCAUCGAGGAAGAGGAGCGAGAAUGACUGGAACGUUGAACCUAAUGAAAGACGAGAUUAUUCGUAUCCUUGUGGGACAGGAAGGGGAAUCUGACAAAUAUGACUGGAGCUCUGGUGGUGGUGGAGGUACAUUCCUUGCGAAAAAUAACAACACACCUUUGAUAUUAGCUGGAGGUGGGGGAGGUUUGUUUUAUUUGACAAAACGCCAUGCAGAAUGUGACGCCAGCACAAACACAAGGGGAAAUCCUGGGUAUAGAUCAGCUGGGUCGGGCGGAGUUGGCGGCCUUGGUGGACAGGGUGGUAAAGUCAAAAGCGCGGGUGAGUGACUUGCCCAUGUCAGACCUACGAGCGAGCUCUUAUCUC